UGCGCGUCGCUGAACGUUGGAAUGAAUCAAGGACCGCAAACUAUUAAGCUUGGAGAAACCUGCUUUAAGACAGAGAUAAUUCUUCAUGAAAUAGGACAUGCCUUGGGAUUUUACCAUGAACAUAACCGUUGGGAUAGGGAUGACUACAUUAAAAUACACUAUGAAAAUAUUGAACCCGGAAAAAAUCAAAGUUUUCAGAAACAAGAAAAUGCAGUUGUCGACACUAAUUAUGAUUAUUUGAGUAUUAUGCACUACGGACAAUAUUUUUUCUCGAGGAAUGAAUCAGCAAACCUUAUCACAAUAGAAACAAAGAAUGAUACGUUUCAAUCUAAAAUAGGAAUGGCCAAACAACCGAGUUUUCACGAUUAUAAAACUUUGAAUGUUAUGUUUAAAUGUGCAGAUUUGUGCCCUACAAUUGAAUGUCCUGAAGCUGGAUUUGUUGGAAAAAAUUGCAAAUGUUACUGUAAAGGAAAUUCCGAUGACACACCAGUUAAACUUUGCAAUAAAACAGGGGAGUGUCGCAGACCAACUGUUAAUACAUACUUGAUUGAUGUUAUGGGAAAAGAUAAAAACUCCACAGUCAGUAUAAACCGUACAUCGUUUCCUGACAAGACAGUUUUAAAUCUUGUUUCAACCAACUGGGAGUGUACAUCACAUUUUCAGUUAAGAUGUGAAGAUGGUGACUGGAAAGAAAUAUCUAUCGCAGAAUGUCCAGUUACACUCAACAUUUCGUUGACUGAUGAAACAGAAGGUGUUGUUAAAGUUACAUUAAAUGGCGAAAAUGAUGGAUAUAUCUGUGAUGACGACUGGGAUGAUAAUGAUGCAACUGUUGCUUGUAAAAUGCUCGGAUAUACGAAAGGUUUGGCUUUCUUUCCAAAAGCUAAAGAAGUUAACGAAUCUUUACCUAUUCUUCUUGACAAUGUGCAAUGUAGUGGCGAAGAACUUUCUCUUGCUGAUUGCAAACACAAUGGUUGGGGUAAUCAUGACUGUGAAUAUUUAGAAGUCGUAUCAGUGAAAUGUUUCUACGAUUCAUAUUCCAACCAUAUAAAUGCAACGACGAACAUAACUUGCGGUAAGGAAUCUCGUGAAUAGAAAAAGUAUCCAUAAGUAAUUAUCCAUUGUGCACAUUUAUGGAAUGAUUGUUUUAACUUACAUGUGUAACAUUUAGUUUGUCAUUUAAGGAAAAGAUAUAAACUAAACUACUAAAUUUUGCUUAAGCACACAAAAUGUUUAAGCGGGAAUUUAUUCGACAAUAAUUACAAUACUGUCGGGUUCUUUUAAAAUGUAAACAAUAAUAUUUAAUAAAUUUGAUUAAAAUGCCACAACCUCAUGCAUGUUUAGCGUGUGCUUGGCAGUGAUUUCGUAUCAUCCUUAUGAGGUUUCUGGACCACGGUCCACUCUUGAAUUGACAUGGCAUACAGCUCCUGGAUGCUAAUAGGUUGUACCUGGUGUGCAAAUAUCCAAACUUGUGGCUUAUUCCACAUGUGCAUACUUGGAAUUUGGGUCCAGUGGUCGAACUUAGCAGUUAAAAUGCUCGAUUCCCGUCCUCUGCGAGUAGUCGAAACACCUGUCCUUUGGGCGCAGGUUAUUAUCAGUGGAAGAUUAAAAUUAUUGAAUUCGGGUUCAUUUGGAUUACAGUUAUUUACGUAAUAAUACAAUAAACAAAGAAAAACGGUAAAACUUGUAAAACUAACUUUCUUUAAUACUUUUAUUAUAAUAUAUGUUAAUAUUUGUUGAUUUUUAAAAGUCAAAGGCUUGUACAUAUAUUACUGUGACAACUUUUAUGGGCUUUUUGAUCUGUUAACACGUUUCUUGUUAUAAAAUAUAAUAUGGUGUAGGCCUGAAAGUUAAUUAUUCCGUAUCGUUUCUGAAAGUUUCGUGAAAUUUAAAAAUCUGAAUACAUUAUUACACAAAUAGUAAUGUUCUUUUAAUAUUGUUAGUUUGUUAUUUCAAUGACUAACAGCCGGGUAUUUUAUCCGUUAUUAGACGCGAUUGAUACAAAGGGUCUUGAUCGGAUUAACUGCUAUUCGUACUUCGUAUAAUGAAUUUUGUUUCCUGGUUAGAGAAAUAUUUUAUUUCUUUCGUGAUUGUAAUCUUAAGGUAAAAUUA